GGCCGUGUGCAUUCAAAUCUCACCGCUCUUUCAGUUUACACGCACUCCUUAACUUCACUAGCUGCUUUGCAUUGCCUUUAGCUGUGGAGCUGAAGUACAGAGAGCUAGAGGAAAAUGCUGGUAGAGGAUGAGGAAUGGGUGGUGGUGCGGCGUCCGGCGGAGAAAGAUUGGUGGAAACCGAGUUUGGUGGAGGAUGGUGAGAGUUCUACUAGGCCAUUGAAGAUAACUUUCACCGAACCGGCUAAGCACUGGACAGAUGCUAUUCCGAUCGGCAAUGGCCGUCUUGGGGCCAUGGUUUUUGGCGGUGUUAAAUCUGAAACUAUCCGGCUUAAUGAAGAUACGCUCUGGACAGGGAUCCCUGGAAACUAUACUAAUCCCGAUGGUCCAGCAGCACUAGCAGAGGUCAGAAAACUUGUUGAUCAGGGAAAGUAUCUAGAAGCUAGUGACACAGCAUCAGAGAAGUUGUCAGAUUCACCACCUGAUGUUUACCAACUGAUUGGUGAUAUCAAUCUUGAAUUUGAUGAUUCUCAUCUAAAAUAUGAUGAGAAAAUGUACCAUAGGGAGCUGGACUUGGACACUGCCACAGUGAGAACAAAAUAUUCUGUGGGUGAUGUAGAAUUUACAAGGGAACAUUUUGCUUCUAAUCCUGAUCAAGUGAUUGUAACAAAGAUUUCUGGAAGCAAAUCAGGGUCUGUAUCAUUUGUAGUGUCUCUAAGCAGUGAGAUGCAGAAUGCUCAUUCAUAUGUAAAAGGUGAAAAUCAGAUCAUAAUUGAAGGAAAUUGUAAACGAAAAAGAGACCCUCAAAAGCUGAAUGCUAUUGAUGAUCCCAAGGGAAUUCUGUUUACUGCAAUUCUCAAGUUACAGAUUAGUGAGGGACGAGGAAUGAUAAAUGUUUUGGAGGACCAGAAGUUGAAGGUAGAAGGUUCAGAUUGGGCAGUUUUACUUUUGGUGGCUUCAUCUUCAUUUGAUGGGCCAUUCACUGAUCCCAUGGAGUCCAAGAAAGAUCCUACUUCAGAGUCCAUGAGGGCAUUGGAUUUGAUAAGAAAUUUGUCAUGUGUUGAUCUCUAUGCACAUCAUUUGGAUGAUUAUCAAAAUCUUUUUCACCGUGUUUCUCUCCGGCUUUCAAAGAGCUCGAAGCGCAUUUCAGAAAGUGGACCUGUGGAUGGGAAGAAAUUUAUGUCUUUUAGUAAUGAUUCAUUCUUCAAGGAAAGUGAAGGUAAUACUAUUUCAACUGCAAAAAGGGUGAAAUCGUUUAAAACUGAUGAAGAUCCAUCAUUGGUGGAGCUUCUAUUCCAGUAUGGUCGAUAUUUACUUAUUUCUUGUUCGCGGCCUGGAACUCAAGUGGCAAAUCUACAGGGUAUAUGGAGUAAAAAUACUGCACCACCAUGGGAUGCUGCUCAACAUCCGAAUAUUAAUCUACAAAUGAACUACUGGCCUGCUCUACCCUGCAAUCUUAGUGAGUUGCAAGAACCAUUGUUUGACUUUAUAUAUUCUCUAUCAAUCAACGGGCAUAAGACAGCAAAAGUGAACUAUGAAGCAAAUGGUUGGCUGGUUCAUCAAGUGUCUGACAUAUGGGCAAAAACAUCACAAGAUAAAGGUGAUGCUCAGUGGGCUAUGUGGCCAAUGGGUGGAGCCUGGCUUUGUACACACCUGUGGGAGCAUUAUUCUUACACCAUGGACAAAGAUUUUCUAAAAAAUAAGGCAUACCCUUUGUUGGAAGGAUGUGCGGCAUUUUUGCUGGACUGGUUGAUUGAAGGGCACGGAGGAUAUCUUGAAACUAAUCCAUCAACAUCACCAGAACAUAAAUUUAUCACUCCAGAUGGUCAACAAGCGAGUGUGAGCUACUCAACAACCAUGGACAUUUCAAUCAUAAGAGAGGUGUUCUCUAUAAUUGUUUCUGCAGCAGAGGUUCUCGGGAGAAAUGAGGAUGAACUUGUCAAAAAAGUACAUGAGGCCCAAUCCAGACUUCCACCAACAAAAAUAUCUAGAGAUGGUUCUCUUAUGGAAUGGGCUCAGGAUUUUGAGGAUCCAGAGAUUCAUCAUCGACAUGUAUCUCACCUCUUUGGCCUGUUUCCAGGACAUACAAUAACUGUUGAAAAAAAUCCAGACCUCUGUAAAGCUGCUGCAAUUACCCUUUACAGAAGAGGAGUGGAAGGUCCAGGAUGGUCAUCCAUGUGGAAAGCUGCUCUUUGGGCACGCCUACAUAAUAGUGAGCGUGCAUAUACUAUGGUCAAGCAUCUGUUUGACCUGGUAGAUCCAGAUCAUGAGGAGUUAUAUGAAGGAGGUCUAUACAGUAACUUGUUUACUGCACACCCUCCUUUUCAAAUUGAUGCGAACUUCGGUUUUCCAGCAGUAAUUGCAGAAAUGCUGGUACAGAGUACAUUAAAUGACAUGUUCUUUCUCCCUGCUCUUCCGCGGGACAAAUGGGCAAAUGGUCAUGUCAAGGGGUUAAAGGCGCGAGGUGGAUUGACAGUCAACAUAUCCUGGAAAGAAGGUGAUCUUCAUGAAGUUGGUCUUUGGUCAAAGGAAAAUAAUUCUAUUAAACGAUUACAUUAUAGAGGUAAUGCAGUGAAUGCAAAUAUUGCAUCUGGUAGAGUAUACACAUUCAAUAGGCAGCUAAGAUGCAUAAAGACUUACUCUCUUGCAGAAGUGGCUUCCUUUUGAAUGGUAAGUAGGAAUUAGUAAGAGCUUUGUUUCAAUUUUCCCCAAUAAUUCCAUGGAGGAACUAGGAAUAAAAUAUUAGUUUAUCUAUCAUUCUUUGGUUAGGCAUGUGCUUCCCUUUUGCUGGUCCUGAUUCUAGGAAAAUUAAGUAAUUAGCCUUGAUUUUGGUUGAAGAGAAUCUAUUGCGGGAAUAUUAUUCUACUUUGUAAGUAGAGAAUCAUUCUUCCCAAAUCAGUUGAAAGAUUUGUGAUCAUUUGGUUGAUUUU